CCGCUGACGGUGGCUACAAAAAGUAAUUCAAGUGUUAGAAGAACUGCAGCUAAUAAAAUUUUGAAGAGCAUGAGCGAGCAUUCUCCAACUCUAGUCAGACAAGCACUUAUGGCAUCGGAAGAAUUGAUUAGGGUGGCCAUAUUAUGGCAUGAAAUUUGGCACGAAGGAUUGGAAGAAGCUUCACGGCUUUAUUUCGGAGAACGAAACGUGGAAGGAAUGUUGAGGAUAUUAGAGCCUCUUCAUACAAUGACGCAUAGAGGCCCAGAGACGUUGAAAGAAACAAGCUUCACUCAAGCUUAUGGAAGAGAUUUAGGCGAAGCAUACGAAUGGUGUCAAAGAUACAGGAUAUCCGGUAACAUUCGUGACUUAAAUCAGGCGUGGGACUUAUACUACCAUGUAUUCAGAAGAAUAUCUAGGCAAUUACCACAAUUAACAUCUUUAGAACUACAGUACGUCUCUCCAAACCUACUGGUGUGCCAAGACCUGGAACUAGCGGUGCCUGGUAGUUAUUCCCCGGGUCAAAAUAUCGUCAGAAUUGCAUAUUUCAAUAAAUCACUUGAGGUAAUCACGUCUAAGCAACGUCCACGAAAGCUUGUAAUACGUGGCAGCAACGGAAAAGACUACAUGUUCCUACUCAAAGGACACGAGGAUUUAAGACAAGAUGAACGAGUAAUGCAGUUGUUCGGUUUGGUUAAUACAUUACUGUUAAAAGAUCCUGAUACGUUCCGCCGAAAUUUAACCAUUCAACGAUAUGCGGUUAUACCUCUCAGUACUAAUUCUGGUCUUAUUGGCUGGGUACCUCACUGUGAUACAUUACACACUCUCAUUAGAGAGUACAGAGACAAGAAGAAAAUUCUGUUGAACAUAGAGCAUAGGAUAAUGCUGAGGAUGGCAGCAGAUUAUGAUCAUUUGACGGUUAUGCAGAAAGUGGAAGUUUUCGAACAUGCUCUUGAACAUACACACGGAGACGAUUUGGCUAAGUUAUUGUGGCUAAAGAGUCCUUCCUCGGAAGUAUGGUUUGAUCGAAGAACAAAUUAUACUAGAUCUUUGGCUGUGAUGUCGAUUGUAGGUUAUAUAUUGGGAUUGGGUGAUAGACAUCCAAGUAAUCUUAUGCUUGACAGAUUAAGUGGCAAGAUCCUCCACAUUGAUUUUGGUGACUGUUUCGAGGUGGCAAUGACGAGAGAGAAAUUCCCAGAAAAGAUUCCCUUCAGACUGACUCGUAUGCUCAUCAACGCUAUGGAAGUGACUGGUAUAGACGGAACCUAUCGAAGAACCUGUGAAUCUGUCAUGUCGGUGUUACACCGAAAUAAAGACAGUCUUAUGGCUGUUUUGGAAGCUUUCGUUUACGAUCCAUUAUUAAACUGGAGGUUGAUGGAUACUACUAUGAAAAAUAAAUCAACCACAGGAGAAAUUGGAUCAUUUUCAACAGGUACCUCACAAGACCAAGAUUUAGUAGAGUCUCUAAGCAUGACCAUAAAUAAGAAAAAUCUUUUGGCAGAUAUUGUAAGUGAAGGAUCACAACCAGAAGGAGUGAACAAAAAAGCUGUGGCUAUCAUCAACCGAGUUCGAGAUAAAUUAACGGGUAACGAUUUCAGCGUAGAAGAAUCCCUAACAAUUGAAAAGCAAGUGGAUCUUCUCAUUCAACAGGCGACUAGUAACGAAAAUUUAUGUCAGUGUUACAUUGGUUGGUGUCCGUUUUGGUAAUAUUUGUGUUCAGUCUGUUAGAGCACAGAAGGG